AGCUCCAUCCAGUGCUGUGAACUGGAGCAUUUGCGCAGAUAGUCUGCGCUGCCUUCUACAGACGCACGGUACUUCACCCAGGGAAGUUUGGUGUUGCCCGGCUGCUGCGUAAUCCGUCUGUAAAGUGUCUGCAAGGAGCAGGUCGACCACCGCUGCCUACCAGACUCAGCAUCAGGGACUGAACAUGGUGAUCAAAGUGUACAUAGCAUCGUCCUCUGGAUCCACUUCGAUUAAGAAGCAGCAGACGGAUGUGUUGGGUUUCCUGGCGGUCAAUAAGAUUGAAUUUGAGGAGUGUGACAUUGCAGCCAACGAGGUGAACAGGAAGUGGAUGAGAGAGAAUGUUCCGGAGGAGUGCCGGCCACCUACAGGGAACCCUCUCCCUCCACAGAUAUUCAACGAAUGCCAGUAUUGUGGGAACUAUCAAGCCUUCUUCGAUGCCAGAGAGGACAAUGCUGUGUAUGCGUUUCUGGGUCUGACUGCUCCCCCGGGCUCAAAGGAAGCUGAGGCUCUAGCAAAGAAAGCACAGCAGUAGCCGUUUUACACCCAUCCUACCUGAGACCUCAGGCCUAGACCUUUCCCCAGACCUGGACCCAGACUGACCUGAACCCGAUCCAGGAAAAAAGAGAAAAGAUUUUCCUCAGCUUAUGAAUAUGUGUACGGUUUUGUUUAACUUUAAAAAAUUUUUUUUUUUUUUAAAUCUAUGUUCAGUUGUGCCUUGCCAGCUGUCGUGGAUGGAGGUACUACACCAGAGCAUUAUGGGUAAUUCUUAGCUGCUCUGCUUCCUCCUGUUAACCUCAGCCUGCCAGUCCUAUUGGCCCGAUGACUUGUCAGUCAUCCAUUAGCAUUGCUGUGUAGUCUCACCCAACAGACACGACAAACUCUGCACACUUUGAAAAUUCAAACCAAUGUCUGUCAUUUAGCCAGCAGAAUAUAAUCUAUGUGUGAAAAAUGCAUCAUCUUCAUCCCAAUCUUUCAAUCCAACAUUUAGCAAAAGUUUUAUCUGUUGAAUCCUGGAAACAUUAAGUCACAUGCUGUGCUCCUGCCGUUCAUAUAAUCAUCAAAACUGCAGCACCUUCUUUAACUUUUACAAUUCCUUACUCUAUGUUUUUAUUUACCUUUUGUUGUCUUAAUGCUAUUUUAAUGGCAAACUUUUUAUACAAAAUGAUGGAUGUUUAGAAAUCAUAGUAAAAGCCAAAUUAAAAUCCUGAAAAUGAUUUAAAAGUGACAUUUUUGUUUGCUGUAAUUGUUUAUAGAGGAGAGCGACAGCUCUUUCCUUUAGCUAAAAGCAUCCCGUUUUUCAUUGUGUUGGUAAUUCCUGUCUUGCAUAACUUGAUACCUUCCCUUAAAUAGAAUUAAAACAAGACUGCAAAUAAAUUGCAAUCAUUGUCAGCACACUGUGUUGUUUGUCAUGGAACAAGAGUCAAACUAAAUUGGACUGAAAUCUGCCUUCUCAUUAUAUACAGCGGUUUUUUUAAUGCACAAUAAAUGAUAUUAAGUUUA